AUGAAAACUGCAGUGGUUUUAAUAGUUUUAUAUCAUAUAACGUUCAUAGUUGACGCGGCUGUAAGUCGUGUCACUGUGAAGAGAACUCAUUCUAUACGGCAACAACUUUUACGAGCCGGAAAAUUAAAAGAAUACAACCGGUUAGUCCAACCAGUACUGAGAGAAACCGGAAUGACUGGAUUUCUAGAAUAUAUGGAUAAUAUCUAUCUAAUCAAUAUCACUAUCGGAUCACCGCCACAAAAUUUGAAAGUUGUCCCCGAUACAGGAAGUUCAGAUUUAUGGGUCAUUUCUAUUGACUGUAAAAGUAAUUCAUGCAUAGAGGGAGGAAAUAUGCACACAAAAAACCGAUUUGAUCCAAGUAAAUCUUCAACAUAUUCAUCUUAUGGCCAAAACUUUUCAAUAACUUAUGCAUUAGGCUAUUCCAAAGGUAUACUUGGGAUUGAUCAACUUUCAUUUGCUGAUUUAACAGUUGCUAAUCAAAUAUUCGGUCUAGCAAAUCAUAUUGCCAUUAGCUUCGGUAAUUUCUCGAUGGAUGGUAUAAUGGGUCUCGCUUGGCCAGCCCUUUCAUCAUUCCAGGUUACACCGCCGAUGCAAAAUAUAAUUAGCGAACUGGAUUUUCCAAUAAUGACAGUUUACCUAUCUCCAUAUUUGGAAACAUCAAUGGAUGAAACUGAUGGAGGUGUAAUCACUUUUGGUAAUUUUGACUUUGAUAAUUGCGAAACAGUAGAGCGAUGGGUACAGAUAACCUCUCAGACGUUCUGGCAAUUCACCAUAAAAGGUGUAAAAGUUAAUUUACACGAGACUACUAGUUGGCAACAAGCAAUCUCUGAUACUGGAACAUCAUACCUACAAAUACCAUCGUUCCUCAUGAAAUUAAUGGUCCAAAACAUCAAUGCUACAUAUUCAUUCGAUUAUGAAGCUUAUAUAGUUAAUUGCGUUAUGCAAGACAUUGGUCCCAAUAUUGAAAUUAAUAUCGAUGGUAUAUAUUAUUCAAUAUUACCUGAUCAAUACAUUCAAAAGUAUCUUAAUGAACAUGGUCAACCAGUAUGCAUCUUUGCUGCAUUAGAGAAUUACGGUGUCGGAUUCAACCCAUCCUGGAUUCUUGGUGAUGUCUUCAUCCGUUCUUAUUGCAAUGUUUACGAUUUCGCAAAUGAUCGCAUCGGUUUCGCUGAAAUUUUGUAG